AUGUCUUCUACCGACGCAGCCAUAGCCUUGGUGAUCCCCAAGGAGGAGCCGUCUUCUGUUGUCACAAAACUCUACCAGCAAGGCUUCGUCCACUGGUCGCAGUUUGACUCGGAAGAAGACCACCAGGUUGCACUGGAGAAACAGAUGACCCAGAUGCCCAUUGUCCACCGUUUUAUUCACUGUGGCACUUCUUGGAUCACCGAAUCCUUCACCAUCAACAGUCCCUUCAUGCGCAAGAUCCUUCUAGAGGUCCUCGAAAACUAUCAAGACCUCGAUCUGGAAUGCGAGAACUGGACUUUCCGCUCUCCUUACAUACCUCUCGUCCAUCGAUGGCAGCGACUGCAGGACUUUUGCCAGAGCACUUCGAACCCUGAAUUGAGCAAGGCUGGCCAGCAGCUGAUCGAAUUUCUACUUCCCAUUGUUGGCCCUUCAGUCAAUUCUCUCGAGCAGACUCGCCUCACGGGAAAAGUUCAGUUUGACUUCCUCUGGCAGAUCUUUCCUCCUGGAGAGCUUGUCAUGACCAAGAUGUACGGGCAGGACGCCAUUUGCCGCGUUCUCAAGCACCACAAGGUUGAAGAAAGCUACUCCUGCCCCGCAUAUUGGGUCAUUGAUAUGGAAUAUGUCGAUUGGAACGGUGACAAAUGCGGUUAUACGACGAUGAAGACCAAGAUUGGUGGCUACGAUGGCUAUCGCCGAGCUCAUUUGCUUCCCACCUGGCCGAUUUCCUUUGAUUGCGACCCGGAUGCGAUCAAGGCUAAAAUGAUUGCCCGCGGUCGUCAGUUUGAGGAGUUGAGGACAUAUCACUUCAUGCAGUACGAAGGUCGGAAGAUUGUUACGAGAGGCAAUGCAAAGGAAGAAGAACCAGCUUCCGGUCGGGUUGUUGUCGAUGCUUUUGCCUACUACGCCAGCUGCAAAGUAGUCAAGCCAAACCUCCGCCCUCUCGAUUCCGAAGAAAAGCCCAAGGCAGACGAAUCCAGCGAAGACGAAGAUGGUUACAAAGUCCGACGCCCCCGCCGCCGCUCCGACGCAAGCACCAGCAGCUCGUCCUCCGAGGAAGAAGCUGCCAUUGACGAGCUCAAACUCACAGUCAAGAGUUCUGAGACGAAGUUGGAGCGCAAGGAAGAUCUCACUCCUCUUACCGACGAGCAGUGCCUCCUUUGCACGCCGUGGGUCAACGGCUUCGAUCUCAAGGCCAAGGAGUGGGGUUUGUUCCUCGUGGAGAAGAUGAAGGAUAUCGUCUGGAAUGAUGAUGCUUUCUCGAACUUGGUCCUUCCUGGUGAUGAGAAAGAGCUUGCUUGGUCGUUUAUCGACAACAAGAACUUUGCAAACUCAGACUUUGACGACUUUGUCACCGACAAGGGUCGCGGCAUUAUUAUCCUUAUGUUUGGUCCCCCAGGCGUUGGAAAGACGUACACGGCUGAGGCAGUGGCAGAGAAGGGCCGAGUUCCUCUGUAUGCAAUGAGUGCCGGCGCUCUAGGAACCAAGCCAAAUGAGGUCGAAGCAUCUUUAGACCGAGCUCUUGAACUCUGUCGUCUCUGGAACGCAAUGCUGCUCCUCGACGAGGCAGACGUGUUUCUAAGCGCACGAAAGGAAGACACUCUCGCACGCAACGAGCUAGUCUCCAUCUUCCUGACCAAGCUCGAAUACUACCAGGGCAUCCUCUUCUUGACCACCAACCGCGCCUCGAGCCUCGACCAUGCUUUCCAGUCUCGCGUCGAUCUCUUCCUUCCAUACAGCGACCUCACCACGACCGCCCGCCGCCAAGUCUGGCAGAACUUCAUCGAGCGUGCCGGCGGCGAGACACGAUUCAAAGUUGCCGAGGAAGACUACGAUCAACUUGCAGAGUUGAGGCUGAAUGGGCGUGAGAUCAAGAAUUUAAUCAAGAGCGCUCGACUGUUGAACAUGAAGAGCGGACAACCUGUUACGACUGCUCGACUGGCUCAGUUGGCAGAGAAGAGAAUCACGGCAAUGGAGAUGCUGAAUGGAGAAGUGUAA